AUGAAGACAGGCGGCUCAGUACGAGGCACCACAGUCGUAUGGGGUGACUGGGGUUUGCGGAUGAAAGACCACGACCGGAGAGUGUCGGCAAAGCAACUGAAAUUGGGCGAGGACACAAUACGGGCGAAGCUGAGAGGAACACAUUUCAAGCUCUACACUAGGGUCAGUGCGAACAUAGGUGUUUAUACGAAAGGAAAUGAAGUGCGCAUGGGUAAGGGAAAGGGCAAAUUCGACUAUUGGGCGGCAAGAGUACCGGUCAGCAACAUCAUCUUCGAGCUCAAGGGGAAUAUGCACGAGCAGGUCGCCAUGGAGGCGUUCCGACUUGCUGGGAACAAACUGCCCGGGACAUAUGAGUUCGUGCGGCGGGGUGAUGCACCUGUCGUCGGAAUCACGAAGCUGAAGAACGGCGUCACCUUACAAUCGCUGAGGGAGGCGCGAAGACCGGUCGAGUCAAAGGACGAUCCUCAGGAGCAGGACGUCAUUUCUACGCGGAUUGUGCCAGAGAAUCCGUCGAGCAUUUCAACGACAACCGCCAUCGCGUAA